ACCAGUGUGCACUCUCCAGCGGGUGGGGGCCUGCAUGGGUUUCCCCGCGACAGCCAUGAGCAAACGGAACCAGGUUUCGUACGUGCGGCCAGCUGAGCCAGCAUUCCUGGCCCGCUUCAAGGAACGGGUCGGCUACAAGGAAGGGCCCACCGUGGAGACCAAGAGAAUCCAGCUUCAGCUCCCAGAUGAAGACAGCGAUCACAGUGACAAAGAAGAUGAACAGCCCCAGGUGGUGGUUUUAAAAAAAGGAGACCUGUCAGCUGAAGAAGUCAUGAAAAUUAAAGCAGAAAUAAAGGCUGCCAAGGCAGAUGAAGAACCGGCUCCGGCUGAUGGGAGAAUCAUGUAUCGAAAACCAGCCAAGCGUUCCUCAGAUGAAAAACGCUCAGGUUUAACAGCAAGCUCAAAAAAGAAAAAGGCGAAUGAAGAUGAAAUAAAUAAGCAGGACUCCGUUAAAAAGAACUCACAAAAGCAGAUCAAAAACAGUUCCCUCCUUUCUUUUGACAAUGAAGAGGAAACUGACUAACUGUAAAUAUUUUGGACUUGAUCUUCCCUUAAGAGUAUGUGGGGUAUUUUUUUAAAUGACAUCUUUUUUUCUAUUUAAAGAUAAUACAAGUUCAUUAUAGAAAAUUCAGAAAAAAUAUAUGAUAAAAACUUUCUCUAUCAGUACCCCUUUGACAUGAUGCAAACUCUGUAGAUAUUACCAACGAUUAACAUUUUGGGAAUCCCACGUGGGGACAUGUAUGUAUGUAAAUUAUAUUUUUUAAACAAAA